AUGUAUGGCCUGCGCCUCAUCAACAACUUCUAUGCGGACUUCGCAGGUAGUCGCUCCGACUUUGUGAUCGUUGGACACCCCGAGUACAACCUCGGAAAGGUCCAAGCCGACUACGGCUACAAGGAAGGAUGGGACAAUCGGCCGAUCCCGUCUCUGCCCGGAAGGAGUAUGCCGGGUGACAGAAUCCAGCGAAUGGGCAAAGCCGCCUACCUGCAGGCUUUGGCCAAGCCCGCACGGAAGCCAUCUUACAAGGAGCGGGCGCUGUCAAAGAGCCAGUCCGACCCGCAGGUUGGGACCCGGGUCAAAGCUUCGAAAGAUGCAGGAGGCACGAUUGACACCUUCCUGGAGGAGCUGCAGUCCUUUGACAAGUUGCCGCCGUGCGCCCCGAAUCGUUUGACGUCGGGUUGGGCGAACGACAUCAGAUCCCAACCCGUAAUGAAGCAUUACUCUGCGGUGCAGGAAGACCUCGACGUCCUGCGCAGGCGGCUGCAGCGCACGCCUGGGGCGGUGAAGGCGGAGUUGCAGCAGGACGACGCGUGGCGUUACUAUGACCUCUACUUCCAGCAGGCAAAGAAGAACGGAGAACAGAUCAGGCAGACAAAGCUCAAGGCCAACAAGAUGAUGGAGAAGGCUAUGCGUGGCACAGAUUGA